CAUCGCUCCGCUAAGAUAAUAUCUUGCGGGAGUAGAGACGCGUGCUACUGACACACAGAUAUGUUACGACUCGCGACUUUGUUUGCGGCGGCGGCGGUGGCCGCGGUGAGCGCGCAGCCCGUUUCCAACGUGCUGCAGCUGGACCUGGAGCCCGAGGAGGCGCAGCAGUACAUCAACAACCCGCCCUUCGCCGAGCCCGAGUUGGCCGGCCGCACCAACAUUCUACCCCUCAUCCGUUACGACGACCCGCGGUUCCGCAGCGCGGAGGCGGGCCCCACGCUGGGUCACUACUGGCGCAACGGUGAGGAGAUACAGGACCCUGAGAACUACCAGGAGGAGGUGUACGAGGCGGCGCAGUUCCACGGCCAGAGCGGGCGCGGAGACUACGCGUACGGAUAUCGCACGCCCGAGUCCGCCAAAGUGGAGGACCGCGCCGGCUCCGGCGACGUGCAGGGCUCAUACGUGUACAAGAACAACAACGACCAACUCGUCAAGGUGCGCUACUGGGCCGACAGCCAGGGCUUCCACCAGGAGGACAACCUGCCCAAGGUUGAGCUGAAGCCGGCGGAGGAGACUCCGGAGGUUCGCGCGGCGCGGCUGGAGCACGAGCGCGCCUGGCAGCUGGCCCGCGCAGCCUCGCUCCUCGCCCCCCUCCCCCAAGAGUACCAGCCGGCGGCGUCCGAGCUGCAGGGCGCGGUGGUAGCGGCGCCGGCGCAGUACCCGGUUGUAGCGGCGCCGGCACAGGACCCAGUUGUAGCGGCGCCGGCGCAGUACCCGGUUGUAGCGGCGCGGGCGCAGGACCCGGUUGUAGCGGCGAGGGCGCAGGUCCCGGUUGUAGCGGCGCCGGCACAGAACCCAGUUGUAGCGGCGCCGGCGCAGUACCCAGUUGUAGCGGCGCCGGCACAGAACCCAGUUGUAGCGGCGCCGGCGCAGGACCCGGUUGUGGCGGCGCUGGCGCAGGACCCGCAGACGCGCAAAGGCAAGGCCUACCAGCAGCAGUACUACACCACCACCACCACCACCACCACCGAGGAACCGGAACCCACCGGUCCUCCCCGCGGCUUCUUCUACAGCUUCACGUACCCGGUGUCCGUCAUAGUGCCGAAGGAGGGCGCGGCCUCCGGCCAGGACCCCGCCAACCUCGCCAACCUCGCCGCCCGGACAUCUUAGACUCGCUAAUCAACAACAUACAAACUAGUAAUAUAUAGUUUGUAAUUAUUAGAACUAUGUUUUCUAUGUUUCUAUGUUUUUUUUAUGUUUUUUUGUGACAAUUUCAACUGUCAGUUGUUCGUUCUCCCCAAUAAUUUUAUCGCAGACUCAAAUUUACGGGCAAAUUGAUACCUAUUUAGUUUAAUUAGUAGAUAAGAUAUGGAAGUGUGAUCACUUCGUAUGUAAAAGUGCAAGUUCGGCAGAAGCCGGCCGCGAACUCACGGAUCAGGGUCGAUCGAAUUGUAACUGUACUGUUGUACGAAUAGGAUAGCUCGAGUUGCCAUUUUAGUCGCCAGUAGGUUAAGUUAGCCGUUAUUAAGAUUACCAUUCAUGUGAUUAUAUUAUAACAAAUAAAUACCAACCAUAUACCUA